CACUCUUUGCUGGUGCUGCAGGAUGGCACCCAUCUAUUUUUGGUUUUAACUUUCUGAAGACAAACCACACUCAGUCCUGAGAUCUUUAACCCCUCAGCUUCUAUAAUUUGUGAUUGGUCAGGCCACUGUGUGACAUCACAGGAAGUUGGAUGAAGUUUUGUUGAACCUGAGUGCCCUCACCAAGGACCUGGGUCCAUGUUUUCUAGACUCCAUCAGUCUGAGAGACGGAGAAACUCACCACUGUGAACGCUCCUAACACCACCGUCCCUCUCCUCCUCCUCCAGCCUGCAGAGAUGAACGAGGAGGCGGAGGAGUCGCAGCUGUCUGAAGAGGUGCUGGAGGCUGAGGAGCAACAGGAGGACGAGCAGGAGGAGGAGAAGUCACUGCAGGAACAAGAGGGGGAGCAGCCGGAGGAGGACGAGGAGGUGCUGCAGCAACAGGAGGACGAGCAGGAGGAGUCUGAGGAGGUGCCGCAGAGAGAGGAGGAGCAGGAGAAGGACAACCAACAGUUAUUGGAGGAGGAGACGCAGCAGUCUGAGCAUGAGGAGGCUGAGUCUGAGGGACUAAAGGAGGAGGAAAUGAACCGGAAAGAAGAGGAGGAGCAACUUGAUGAAGAGGUGCAACAGACAGAAGAAGAGCAGGAGCAGAUAGAGGAGGUGCAGCAGAGUGAAGAGGAGAUCCUGCAGACCGAGGGGGAGGAGGAGGAGCUGCAGCAGGAGGAGGAGGUGCAGAUUGCUGAGAUGUCACAUUGUGGAGAGCAGCAGCAGCAGGAGUUGCAGAUCGAGGAGGUGCAUGACCUGGAGGACGCUUUGGAGCAGAACCACAACCAGCAAGUCCUUAUCCGCCUCCGAGGGAUGCAGAAAUACAAGAGUACAUCACAGAGGCUCAAGAUGGUCCUGGAGCAGAUGGACCGUGGCGUGGUCGACCUGCCGGAGCUCCGCAGGAACCUGGAGCUGGCGGCUGCCAUGUUGGACUCAGUUUACACGGAUGAGACCAGGCGUCUGUUAGACACUGAGGAUGAGCUCAGCGACCUGCAGGCGGAGUCUGUGCCCAGUGAGGUGCGUGAUUGGCUGGCAUGCACCUUCAGCAGGAAGAUGGGUGUGGCCAAGCGUCGUCCUGAGGAGAAGCCAAGAUUCAGGAGCAUCGUCCACGCAGUGCAGGCAGGGAUAUUUGUGGAGAGGAUGUACAGACGGACGUCCAACAUGGCCGGUCUGACCUACCCGCCCACAGCGCUGACAGCUCUGAAGGAAGUGGAUCAGUGGUCAUUUGAUGUUUUUGCCUUCCACGAGGCGACUGGAGACCAUGCCCUCAAGUUCCUUGUUUACGACCUUCUGACCCGUUAUGACCUCAUCAGCAGGUUCAGGAUCCCGGUCCAGGCUCUGGUUCAGUUCGUUGAAGCUCUGGAGAGCGGCUACAGCAAACACAAGAACCCGUACCACAACCUGAUCCAUGCCGCUGAUGUCACACAGACCGCCCACUUCCUCAUGUUACACACAGGACUCAUGCACUGGCUGAGUGAGCUGGAGAUUCUCGCCAUGGUGUUCGCUGCAGCGAUUCACGACUUUGAGCACACAGGAACCACCAACAACUUCCACAUCCACACCAGGUCAGAGGUAGCCAUCCUCUACAACGAUCGCUCAGUGCUGGAGAAUCAUCACGUGAGCGCCGCCUACAGGCUGAUGGCAGAAGAGGACAUGAACAUCCUGGUCAACCUCAACAAAGACGACUGGAGGGAGCUGCGGUCUCUGGUGAUUGAGAUGGUGAUGUCAACAGACAUGUCGUGUCAUUUCCAGCAGAUAAAGACGAUGAGGAACGCUCUGACACAAACACACAGUAUAGACAAAGUGAAGGUUUUGUCUCUGAUGCUUCACGCUGCAGACAUCAGUCAUCCUGCUAAAGCCUGGCCGCUGCAUUAUCGCUGGACCCACAGUCUAAUGGAGGAGUUCUUCAGGCAGGGAGAUAAAGAGGUAGAGCUCGGCCUUCCUUUCUCUCCUCUCUGUGACCGUAAAGCCACGAUGAUUGCCCAAUCACAAAUUGGUUUUAUUGACUUCAUCGUGGAGCCGACAUUCAGCGGUCUGAUCGACACGACAGAGAAGGUGAUUGGUCCUCUGAUCGAGGAGGACAGGAAGGCCAGAGAGACAGGAAACAGAAGGUCCAGUCUAACAGGCAGCGGCUCGGUUACCGUGGAGUCAGUGCAGAGACACAGCUGUGGUCUCCAUGGAAACAGUGAUGAUGGACACAUGGACUUCUCCCUCACUGCCAUUGACCUGCCCGCUCUGAGGACUCACCUGUCAGAUGUCAUCACCAGCAACAAGGAUCGAUGGAAAGAGCUCUCUGUGCAUGAGCUGGCCACCAAGGAGAAAGAGGAAAAAGAAGGUGUGGCCUGUAAUGCCAACUCUGACAACCAAUCACAUGUCUCAGCCAGUCACAGCAUCCCUGAUGGACAUGCCUCCAACCAAUCACAGAACUGUGACGAUUCCCUUCCCGAAGAAACACAAGAAGAAGAAAACUCAGCUGACCACUUGCCCGAAGAUCACCUCACCUGGAAUGGGGCGGGGUCAGUGGAGGAGAAGGAGCAAGAGCAGGAGGAUGAAGUGCCUGAAAACGACUGAGGAUGGCCCACAGUGAGCGUUCACUCUCUCCUGUUUGAACUCAGAUGUGGACCCAGCGGCCUCCUCGGUGGACCCCAAAGGGCCCUCAGACCUUAUGUUUACAACCGUCCAUGAAAAUACACCAUUUAAAGAGACGCUGAUCGUCAGAGAUCACCUACUUAGCAGCUUCAUGGUCCAACCACAGCGCUGAGCAUCUUUAUGAAUUAAACAGAGAAUUAGAAGAAAAGAAUGUAAAAUAAAAAAUAAAUAUUAAAUAUAUAAAUAAAUACAGGCGUGUAAAACCGGACUGUUCAUGUUUGAAGCGGUUUUAUUUUUAUUUUCUCUGGGACUGAGGCGUGAAGCUGUUAAGAAGCUUUGAUCACAGAUUUAUGAACAAAACAAAACUCUGUAACAUGUCAGCAGAGUGAGGAGGAUUUCUGCUCAUUUCUUUGGUUGGGGCUCAAAUUAUCAAAACUGUUGCUCAUCUGGCCACGCCCCCAAAAUGUGAUGUCAUAACCCCAAAUCAUAUAUCUGUCUAUAUUUCUCUAACACCACUAUUAUAAAGACUGUCCUUGGUUUGGAUAUGGUCUUAUAAAAGCAGUUAAGCUGGAUGGAAAAAAAUUUAUUGUCCCUCUCUCACCUGAUUGGCUACUAAAGACAACCAAAAGAACCAUGACCCCAAAUGUGGGAUAGGAACCAAUCCACGACCUCUGUGAAUUAUGAAAAUGAGAUUUUUUUUCCAUUAGACAAUUUUAACUAGAGAAGAUGUUAAAUACUUGAAGGGACUCAUAUUUAUUUUUCUUAUCAGGGAGCGACUGUAGGUUGGCAUACUCUUAUCUUGCUAACCUCUGUAUUGUAAAAACAAGAAAAAAUGUGUCAACAACAUGUGACCUCAUGGUUACUAGCAGUUCUUUUCUAUUUCUGAAACAUUAGACUACACUGGUUUAGCACUGCCAUAACUAAAAGCCCUGGGUGUGGACUCAGGCUUCUCUGUGUUAGCUCUGUUUGAGCCAUUAUUCAAAGCAGUUGCUGUCUGCAGAGACACAGAGGGCCACAUUACAGACUCUCUGUCUCUCUUUCUCUCCAUUAAGAGCUAAACAUACAAUCUUCAGUGUAAUGACCUGCAAAGUUUGACAAAGAAUGAUGCAAUGACAGAACAGCCUGCCAUUGUAUGUAACGGCCUGUCACAAUGCAUUGUGGGAUACCAUUGGGCAAUAUGUCGGAGAGCAUGAGUCGCUAGCAGCAGAAGUGAUCCAAAAAUGUUCUGAUCAAACUACUGCUAUAGGUGCAUCUACACUAAUCCCCUCACCAGCCUCCAUUGUUCACAGGAUUGGAGUAAUUUUAACUAAACCACACCUGUAGAUGCCAACUCUUUCUCCAAAGAUGAUGCUGAUUGGUCCAGUCAUUCUCUGACCAGGAACAAGCCAAUCAGCUUGAAGCUUUGACAGAUGGAUCUUCCUGAAGACAGACGUGAAACCAUGGUUAAAAUAUGCAGGAGAAGCCAAAAGAAUCCUUAUUUUGUGUUUGAAUGACCCUCUUAAAUUAAAAAUGAACACUCAGACAAACAUUAAAAAUGUGUCAAAUGGACAAUAGAGCUAAAACAGUUUGCUACCUGCUUCUGUGCUGGUUUUUAUUUAUCAUUUUGUGAAGUGUUACUAAAAGAGAUUUAAGACCAAACUUUUUUUUUUUCAUACCAAGAUUCAAACAUGUUAUUCUCUGCAAUGAAGUUGGACGUUUUAUCAUGGGGCUCUAUGGGGAUUGACUCACUUUUAGAGCCAGCCUCAAGUGGACACUAGAAGAACUGCAGCUUUUUGCACUUAUGCAGUAGCUUAGAUGUUUAACACUGGCAGCUGGCUAAUAACUGAGAAUUUAAUAAAGGAGGGUUAAAUCAAAGUUUAAAGUUUAAAUGUAAUGUUUUAAAUGUGACGUAUUCCUGCUGUGACAUCACUAUCAGGGGCGUGGCAUAAGGUCAAACAUGUCUGAUAAUUAUUGGGUCCACAGAGAGCAGAGCAGUAGCCGUGGAUUAGUGAGUUUACAUGGAAGCUUUUUCUACGACACAGCUGGUCUCAUUGUGCUGUUGGCCGAUGUAAUCAUAGGUUAGCGUGACAUUUACUCUCCACCAUCUUUGUAGAAACUCCAGAUGCUCUAUUAAAAGAAAACACGUUUACUAUGAGGAGCUUGUCAUAAAAUAGCAGAGUUAUCAUUCAUAAAGGAUCAGACAGCUUCUGUUUCUGUUCUUCUGACUGUUGAUAUGAAGUGCUCUACAUCACCAUGGCAACAAGGGCAACAGAGACUCGGGAUUUAGAAGGAGUGGCGCCAAUAUGGCAGAAAAUGGACACUCUUUAGAUCCUACGAGGACUGUGUUUGUUAAUGCAACGUGUGCUAAAGUCAUUGUGUGCUCUUUGGCCCUGUGUGUGUGUGAGGGAGAGAGAGAGAGAGAGAGA